CAACGUCAACUUCUAUCAGGCAACAAAUAAUUUUAGUAGCAUAAAAACAAGGAAAUUGGCAUCUAAUCUUUAGUACAAGUGCUAUGCAAAUAAAUCACCAUUACGUUUUCAUCUGUCGAUGACCAUACAGCGGACAACAUACAAUGUCUUCAAUUUCAAAAUUGCCCAAGAAAGUCCUUUCUCUAAAGCAGUUCAUGCUUAGGCAAGAAGUCUUGAGUUUGUACAGGGAAGUUCUACGAACAGCUCGGAAAGUUGAUGGACAGAAAGAGGAGAUCACAAAGUGGGCAAGAGGUGAUUUUGAAGCACACAAAUCUCAAACUGAUGAAGCAACAAUUAGGGGCCUUCUGAUUAACGGGAAACGAAUGGUAAAAGAAUUGCAAAGUACAAUCAAAAAGACAUCUUAGUGUAUUAUAUGUUGGUCAGUCAUUGAUUACAAGUUCAUCUAUUCCCCA